AGUGAUGAUGGGAGUGAAAAUAGGAGUGACGAUGAGAACGAUGAAGGCACGAUAAUGACAACAGGGACGACAACGGCGACGACAACAGGGACGAAAAUGGGGACGACAACAGGGCCGAAAAUGGGGACGACAACAGGGACGACCAUGGGGAUGACAACAGGGACGGCGGUGGGGACGGGGAAGAGGACGGGGACGACAAUACGGACAAUGAUGGAAACUGAAGAAUCAACAUCCUCUUCAGCCUUCUGUAAGACUUUUGAUCAACCUUUGAAAACUUGCAGUGAAGAAAGGAUAAAUGAGUUAUUUAAUUGCUAUGAAAAUGGAAAAAGUACCUCUGAAAAAAUAUAUUUAGACAAUGUUGAGAGUGUAAUUGGCUGCAUAGUCAAAGGGAAGACUCCGAUGUCAAACAUCCAGCAUUUCAGAGGUUCAAUGGCAAAACACCAGCGAAAGAAUUUAACUGAUCAUCAGCGUGGUAUCCCCUCAAUGCAAGGGAAUAAGGAAACAGAUGAUGUUCAUGUGCAAAUUCCUCAAGAAGCCCUCCGUGCAGCCAUUGGGAGCGAUGAUGAAGUUAACUCUGCCAUUAUCUGGUUUAAAGGAGGCCUGUUCCCGGUACACGAGGCAAACAGCUCGCUCCUGAAUGAUCGCGUAUUAGCCAUUGAAUUGGGCAAGGCGGUUUCCGGCCUCACAAGAAGAGUCAACAUCACUUUUUUCCACCAAAAUUCAUCAUUGGAAAAUGCUACAUGUACUUUCUUGGAUAGGGGGAAAGAUGGCUCUAACCCAAUCUGGAACUCAUCGGGAUGUAGCACUGAGCAAGCGGAAGGGAAGAUUGUGUGCUCCUGCGAUCACUUGUCCUUUUUCGCUGUUCUACUGAGUCCAGUCUAUGAAAACGAGGCAGGUAAUGGUACCCAGGUGUCCGGACUGCUGAGCUCCUACUCCAUCUGGCUCCUCACCCUGCUGUCCCGGAUCGGGUGUGGGGUGUCUGUGUGCUGUCUCGCUUUGGUCAUCGCCUUCCAUGCAAUAUACAGGUGGCAUAAUUCUGAGCAUUCUCUCAGUAUCCACAUCCACCUUUGUGUGGCACUGCUGAGCCUGAAUCUUUCCUUCCUCGCCAACGACAGCAUGACCUCCCUAAACAACCACGGAGUCUGUAUCUUCAUCGCGGCGGCAACGCACUACUCCCUCCUCUGCACCAUCACCUGGUUCGCCAUAGAGGGCUUUCACCUCUACUGGCUCGUAAUCCGUGUCUUCAAUGUCUACAUCAAGAGAUACCUGCUCAAGCUGGCUCUGGUGGGCUGGGGGUUACCUGCAGUGGCUGUCAUAUCGAUCCUAAGCUGCGGAAAGUAUGGCAAGUACAACAUUUACCAGCUUGAGGGUGGCGCAGUAACAAUGUGUUACCUGCCUGAAUCGGUACUGCUCAGCAUCACCUUCAGCUUCUUCGCCCUGGUGGUCCUGCUGAACCUGCUGGUGUUCGUGGCAGUGACUGUGCAUGUUGUGCGUGCGCGGAGGCUAAGCCCCGCCCAGCAGGAGCGGCACAUCACCCGGAAGGACAUAUUCAGCCUGAUGGGGGUCUCCUGGCUUCUGGGGCUGUCCUGGGGGGUGCUGCUCUUCCCGGUCAGCCCUCUGAAGGAAGUCAUCUUCUACAUAUUCUGCAUCCUUAACUCCCUCCAUGGUGUCUUUGUGUGCGUGCGCUAUUUCACUCUCCACCGCCGGCCGAAGGAAUCCCCCGGGACCAUGCUGUCAACAGUAACCACCACCACAGACAGGGUCGCAAGUGCCUCCGUCAACAAUAGGGAACGUACCGAAAAUAUAUACAACUGAAAUAUAACUAUCCAGACUUAAAAGUUACUCAAAUGAUAGACUUACUAAGCAAAUUUCAACUGGAAUUUUUCAGUUAUCCUUGGGUUUGGGAGCUCUCGGCAACAUUAGUCUGUACUCCCUCAUAUUCCAAGAUUGAAAUUGGUCCCGUUUCACAGACACAGAUUAGGCAUAGAGUCUCAAUACAAAAUAUACUUCAGUCCAGGACAAUCUGUGUCUGUCAAACCGACUCAUUUUCCUGCAGCGGUAAUAAGCUUAAAACAAUAUUGUUUCAGAACGAUAGAAAUACAUUGGCAGAAAUUUAAAUUAAGAGCAUUAGGGGUCAGUUUCACAAACACACAUUAAGCCAAGUCCUAGACUAAAUUCAGAUUUUAGAUACUAAGAUUAAUCUGUGUCUGUCUGUUGAAGGAAGUGUUUGUUGUGUGAUUUAGAAGAGGUUGAGAUCCAAUUCAUAUUUUAUGACCAGGAUUUAAGGGUUAAUCAUUUUGUGUACUAAAUAUCAGUAAGCUUCAAUAUAAUAUGUUCACUAACAAACCUUUCUAGGCAGCCCAGUUUCCAAAUAUCUAUGUCAAUGUAUAUUUCAAUGUCUAUUGUAUUCACUUUGCAUAAAAACAUCAUAUGUCAAAUUUCCUAACUGGAAUUUUGGUCUUUUGUUAUAAUUAAGAUGAUUUAUGUUCUUUUUGUUUCCUUUUUCUUACAGUUAUUUUGUUUUAGAUUUUUCCGUUGAAUAAAAAACAGAAUAUUUAACAGUUUUCCCCUUAAAGGUACAAUAGGUAAGAUUUUUGUGUUAAAACAUUGUUACAAGACCAUUGUAAAUCCCUUCCUAUCAUUGAAAAGUCUCACCGACAUGUUGACUCACCCUCU